AAAUUCAACUUCUUCACAUCCUGCAAAACGAGUUCCUCGUUUUCCAUCCCCUGCUAUAAUCUCCGAGUUUUCAAUGUAAAUUCUUCAGGUUGUCACUCUCCGAUCUUAGAAGACGAAGCAUCCACCACUUUGCCAGUCAUUGAAUUGGACCUGAAGUUUCCAGAUCCCCAAGAAGAAUUUUCAACCCCGGGUGCUGAUAACUUGAACGAUUUUGUAUGUGGGUUGUUUCAAGAUCGUCAGACUGAAGAAUUUGCCUAUGAACAGUAUGAGAAAGCGAAAAAGAAGAGGCCAGAAUUCAUACCAAACAAAUCAACAUUUGAUCAUCUAAUAAGGUAUUUGAUACGUUCCAAGAAAUGGGGUUCAAUGCUUUCAGUUUGUGAUGAUUUUAAGAAUUACCAUGUACUGCCUGAUAGUUAUACUUGCUCUAGGCUGAUCGCUAGCUGCAUUAGAGCUAGAAAAUUCAAAAUGGUUAGGACUUUGCUUGAAGUAUUUAAGGCUGAUGAUGAUGUUGCUGUCCCGGCCUUUGAUUCGGCAAUGAGAGGCUAUAAUGAGCUUCAUAUGUUCAAAAGUACAAUUUCUCUGUUUGAACGAAUGAAAUCUAAUGGAAUUGUUCCAAAUUCUGGAUGUUAUUGCCGGAUCAUGGAAGCUUAUUUCAAGAAAGGCGACAGUAGAAAAGUUGUUGAAUUGUUUCAUGAAUUAGGAAGUAGGCAAUUGGAUUUGACCCCAUUUUCAACUCAAAUAUACGGAAUUCUAUGUGAGUCACUGACCAAAUUGGGACAGCCUUUUGAAGCUCUGGAAGUUUUUAGAAGUAGGACAAAGGAAGGAAUUUCUUUAGACUCUUCAAAGAUCUACUCUGUGUUGAUUAGCUCAUUCGCGAGCAUCCGAGAAGUGGAGGUGGCUGAAGAGCUUUUUGAGGAAGCGGAGACCAAGAAAAUGUUGAGGGAUCCGUCUGUAUUUUUAGGACUUAUAUCAAUGUAUGUGGAAACAGGGUUGACACAGAAAACUCUUGGAGUAGUUAAGGCGAUGAAGGGUGCAAAUAUCAGAGUUUCGGACAAUAUAUGCUGCGCAGUUGUUAGUGGCUUCUCCAGGAAAAACAGGUUGCUGACUGCGGUAAAAGUUUUCAAAGAUUUGGUGCUAAUGGGAUGUGAGCCAGGACAAGUGACAUACGCGUCGAUUAUCAAUGUAUAUUGUCGUCUGGGGCUUCACUCCAAGGCUGAAAUGGUUUUUAGAGAGAUGGAGGAAAAGGGGUUUGAUAAAUGUGUAGUGGCUUAUUCUAGCAUGGUUGUAAUGUAUGGGAAAACAGGAAGGCCAAGAGAUGCAAUG